AUGUUACUGAGUGGGUGUUUAAUUCGCCUUUGCACUGGAACGAGUUGACGCUGCUGGGUGCUCAGUGCGCAGGUGAAAGACAACACACUGAGGUUUUAUAAUGAAUUCCAUCACUGCAUCCGCGGCUCCACAUCUUCACCCAGAUGAAUGACAGCAGUGACGUCAUGUGACGUUAUUUAGUCUCCCUAUUUCUGAGGCCUGCCUGCGGGUGUGUGCUCAUCUCGUGUGUGUUAGGAGGAACAGAAACAUCGGACACACACACACACAGAGUGAAACCAUGGACGCGCUUUUAACCGGUUUGUAUUUUAGAGUGAGUUUUUCCUGACAUUCAGAAGACAGUCUCCAUCCUCAUCCUCAUCAUGGACUUCAUCCUGAGCGGACUGGCCGCGUGCAGCGCAUGCUUGUUCACGAACCCACUGGAGGUGGUUAAAACCCGGAUGCAGCUUCAGGGUGAGCUGAAGAGCCGCGGUACGUACCGGGUUCAUUACCGGAACGUGUUCCACGCAUUCUACACCAUCGGGCGCGUGGAGGGGCUGUCCGCGCUGCAGAAAGGGCUGGUCCCCGCGCUGCUCUAUCAGUUCUUCAUGAAUGGGGUGAGACUCGGCUCAUAUGCCAUCAUGGAGUCCGCGGGCUACAUCCACACGAAGGGGCGCGUGAGCUCGGUGAAGAGCACCACGGCCGGUGCACUGUCCGGGGUUGUGGGAGCCUUCGUGGGCAGCCCCAUCUACCUGGUAAAAACACACCUGCAGAAUCAGUCGACAUCCUCCAUUGCUGUAGGACACCAGUACCAGCACCGGGGGAUGAUGCAUGCUCUGUUGGUGAUACACAGGCAGCAUGGCAUUAUGGGACUGUGGCGAGGGUCCGGUGCGGCGGUGCCGAGGGUCGGUGUGGGUUCUGCGGCUCAGCUGUCCACAUUCUCCGUCACUAAAGAGUUCAUCACUGAUCUGCAGAUAUUCCCAGCUGAUAGCUGGUUGGUGCCCCUCUUUGCUGGGAUGAUCAGCAGUGUGGCGGUUGUUUUGUGCAUGACUCCGUUUGAUGUCCUCAGCACACGACUCUAUAAUCAGCCUGUGGAUCACCUGGGAAAGGGUAAGCUGUAUCGAGGCUUCAUGGACUGUUUCUCUAAGACCUUGAGGAAGGAAGGUGUUUUUGGUCUGUACAAAGGUCUGGGCGCAUCCUAUUUCAGACUCGGACCGCACACUAUCCUCUCACUACUGUUCUGGAACCAGCUACGGACACUUAAGUACAGCUAACACACACAGGAAUGGGCUGCGUUUAAAGUGUCUCUUCAUGUUGGAGUCACAGUAAUGAUGAGAAAACGACUCAGAAGCUGGUCGUCUCUUCCAAUUUGGAGAUCGAGUGUGAUGGAAGAUGAAGUCUGGAUGGAUUUAACGUUUUAUUUCCCAAGGAGAGAAGUUCAUAAAUCUGAAUCCCUGCUCCACUCAUCUUAUAGCUAUUUGGAAGAGUAAGCUAGAUUUUGAAAGUGUCCAGUUGAAAGAUCCCACCCCUCCCUUUGGCCCUCUGUUCACAGCCACGCCUCCAAAACACAUUAAUGCACACUGCCUGACUCCUGCUAGAGGACGAGUCCAUGAGAGAGAGAGAGAGAGAGAGAGAGAGCGCGCACUGGGGAAAGGAAUGUAGCAUGUCAUGGUCAUAUCCAACUACCUUGUGUGUCAUUCACACGUAAGAAAACAGUGAACAUUAUUGUACUGAAUGUAAACAAUGAACUGAGCUGUUGUUCGUACUCAUAGCUGUCGACUAGCUUGCUAGCUUUAGCGACAUGUCUGCAGGAUGUCUGCCCCACCUUGUGGAAGACUCUGGUCGCGUGCAAUGAGUGCAGGGGCAGAGUGCACGCAGGUAGACAGGCAGGUAGGCCGUCCAGUCACUUGAUUUGGAAUGAGGGAAAUAAUUGGACAAGUGUUUUACAGCCCUGCGAAAGCCACAGGUGAUGGAUUUUUUUUCUUUUUAUUGUCAGAGCGUUUGAUUUAUUCAUUGCUGUGAGGAUGUCAAGAGAAUUUUAAGAAAUCUAACAGAAACAUUUCUAAGAAGAUUCCCCAUCUUGCACUGAAUAAUAAUAAUAUGAAUAUCAGCCUGCUUUAGUGAGCUGAGUGUUUUGAAAUGUCGCUGUGUAAAACCUGACUAACGCUGCAGGAACAGUUCAGCUGUGUGUAUAUUUAAAACAUUAGACAUCACUGCUCUUUCUCUUUUAUUUUGGCUUGACAUAAAAUAUACACCAUACGACAACAGAACCGAGACUUUAAAAUACAAAUGAAUGAAUAUUAAAUAAACACGUGACAGCGUGCCAUGACACACUUCCCUCACACAUCACACACAGCAAUAAAGCGCUGGAGUAAUGAAACAUGUCGGUGGCUGAUUUAGUAGUUUACAUAACCACAUAAAAACUAUAACUUUUGAGAUUCACAGAAAUAAUUUUCUUCUGUCUGUUUUUAAAUAGAUUCCUUUGUAAUAUAAUUUAGUUACCGUUACAGAGAAUAAUUCAUUAAUUCCAUGAUUAUUAUAAAAGUCAACAGAUUAUUUGAUUGUAAAAAUACGCAUUUGUGGCUCUCGUUUGUAACACGCUUUCAGUCAAUACACAUUUCACACUAAUCCGAGGAAGAGUUUGGAUCAGACACCUGAGACCUUCGUACACACGUCACAAGCCUUUAAAACCCUUUAAUACCAAAUAAACUACAGUAACUACACAGAGGAGUAAUAAAAGCUUCCAUGACUCAUAGUGCGAUUAAAUUAAAUUCUCAUGACUGAUAGAAUAGUACAGUACAAUUUUACACUCCAGUCCAACACUAACACUGAAACAUGUCACACUACUGCGGCCUUCACACCCGAGUCACUCUGAUAUAAUAAUAAUAAUAAUAUUCAGGUGUAUAGAGUGAGUAGUGCAGGACUGAACUGUUUCAGCAGCUUUAAUAUGAAUUCUUCAGGAGUUGGUUGCUGUAAGUGGAUUGUAACUGACUGAAAUAUGUAAAGUGGAUUUUAUGGUUUUAUUUUUUUAUUCUGUCUGGAAUAAUGUGAGAUAAAGGCAGUGAGAUAUGACAUUGUGCAGCAGUUACCUUCAGUCCUUUAGAGUUAUAUAAUUCAUUUAUUAUUGACUGCAUAAAGAAAUAAAAUUCAUCCUCUCCAUCCUCAGACAGCCUGUGUCUCUGUGACGUGGAGAGACGGCUGUGUUUUACACACACACACACACACACACACACACACA